AUGGGAUUCGAACAUAGAUGGAGAGCGUGGGUUAUGGAGUGUGUAGCUACUGUGUCUAUGUUGGUGUUGAUAAAUGGCUCGCCGUCUAAGCCUUUCAAGAUGGAAAGAGGUUUGAGACAAGGUGACCUAGUAUCUCCGUUCUUGUUUGUACUGGUGGUGGAUAUGCUGCAUCGAAUGAUUGGAGAGGCAGUGAGGAAUGGAUGUAUAUCACCUUUGCUGGUCGGUAGGGAUAAUGUAGCAUUGUCACACCUUCAGUUUGCUGAUGACACUAUCCUCUUUUGUCCACCAGAAGAGGAGACUAUUAAGAAUUACAAGAGGCUCCUACAAUGCUUCGAGUUGAUGUCAGGCCUGAUUAAAUAUCUUGGAAUCUCUCUAGGAGCUAAUCCGAGGUUGGUGAAGACAUGGAAGCUUAUAAUAGACAAGGUGGAGGAGAAACUCAGCUUGCGGAAAGCUAAGGUGCUAAACAAAGCUGGGAAGUUGGUGCUUAUCAUAUCAGUGCUGAACAGUUUGCAAGUAUACUAUUUGAACUUGUUCAAGAUGCCGAAAGCUAUUGUUGAGAAAUUGAUCUUGCUGCAGAGGAGAUUCUUGUGGAGUACAGAAGAGGGUAGGACUGGUAUGGCAUUAGUAAGGUGGGAAGUGGUGCAGGCGCCGAAGAAACUAGGUAGGCUGGGAGUCGGGGAUGCUAUAGUUCGUAACACAGCGCUGUUGUUUAAGUGGUGGUGUCGAUUUGCAAAGGAAUAG